AUGAUAAUAACCAAACAAGGCCGGAGGAUGUUCCCUUAUUGCCGCUUUCGCAUCUCUGGUUUGGAGCCCUUCCAGAAGUACACUCUGCUCAUGGAUAUCAACCCUGUGGACAACAAACGUUACAAGUGGACUGGGCAAGACUGGCAAAUGAGUGGAAAGGCAGAGGGCCAUUUGCUGAGACGGGUUUUCAUCCAUCCAGACUCUCCGUCUUCUGGUCACCAAUGGAUGCAGAACCCAGUGUCAUUCUACAAGCUUAAGCUCACUGACAACACGAUGGACCAGGAGGGCAAUGUAAUUUUGCACCCAAUGCACCGCUACUUACCACACCUGCAUUUGGUCUCAGUUGAAACGGCUACAGAGGAUAUUCAGCUCAAUGGGCCUGACGUGAUAACCUUCACCUUUCCCCAGACUGAAUUCUUUGCUGUAACAGCCUUCCAGAAUGUACGCAUGUCUCAGUUUAAAGCAGACUUCAACCCUUUUGCAAGUGGACCCAACUCCCAGGCUCUAAAGCUGGAAAUGAGUCCCUCCAAUGAGUUGAAGAAGGAUGAAACCAGAUCUCCCAUUGAACUCAAGCCUGUGAAAGGCUUGAAUGGCCUGAAAUCUUUGAUGGCGGCAAAACGCAGAUCUAAAGACACUUCAACAGUAGAUAAAGGACUCCUGAGCCCUGAUGCUCAAAAUGUUUCCCUUGCAGAUGGUCCUAACCCAUUGUCACCAACCCCAUCACUGGCCGACCUCACUAACUUUUUCUCCAUCGCCGAAGAGCUUGAGAUAACUGAAGACUUUUCCAGCAGUGAGGCACCUCCUGUCCCAAAUGUCGCCAUGCAGUCCAACCUGGAGGAAGUUGAGGAGCAGCUGUUCGUCUCUUUCACCUCCAAGGAAGCACUUGAAGUCCACCUGGGAGAGCCUGCACUUUGUGAGACGACGACUGCGCAACCUCAGAAACCCCCAGAGGCGACAGAGAAUGUUGGACUGAAGAUGAGUUUACUGGAUCCCACUCUGGUCAUUGACCUGCAGUACCUAGGGGUUCGUCUACCUCUACCCUUUUUAUGUCCAGAACCAAACUCUCCAGGGUUGGCAUCUUCUCCAAGUGGUUCAGUCCCCUUUGUUUCCAGGACAGGCAAGACCACAGACUUCACCCAAAUCAAAGGCUGGAGAGAUAAGUUUGUCCCCUCGGACUUGCCAUCAUCCUCCAAGCCUGAAGGUUGCCCAAGUUCAGAUGUGGUCCCAAAGAACUUGUCGGCCUUCUGCAGUGACAUGUUGGAUGAGUACCUGGCUAACGAAGGUAAACUCAUUGACGAGCGCGCUGCCAGUUUCACCCAGACCACCGUCGUCACCCCUGUGGUCUACCAGCUGCCCACCAAGAGCACCAGCUACGUCCGAACCCUAGACAGUGUGCUGAAGAAACAGGCACCGGCACUUUCUUCCACCUUUGUCCCCCCAUCCAAAAAACCCAGACUGCCCCUCACAUCCAAAGGACUUAAAACAUCUGAGAAAAGGCAACAAAAACAACUAUGUUCAAAGCAGAACAAAACUAAACCAACUUCUGCAAUAACCCCAACACCAUUGCCCACUGAGCCACCACCACUGUUGAUGGAUCAUUGCGCCCCCAUCACCCACGAUAACACAAUUGAAACUAUAAAAAGGAGACAGAGGAAGCCAAGGGUCAAGACUCCUCCACCAGCCCAUGACGCUCCUGUGUCCAGGCCAGAGGUAGAAGAGCCACCUCCCGCUGACCUGGCUCCUGUGGAAGAGGAUGACUCGGACCCAGAGCCACAGCCUGCUGCCGAGACCAAGGUUGUGGUUCCUGGGCUGACCAAGGCCCUGCUCCGACAGAGGGAUUUGGAGGACAGGGUUGUCUGGGAGGGCAAGCAUCGCACCUGCAUCACAGACAAGAGGGCGACGGUCGCCCUCACCUCCCUCUUCACCUCAACGGGCUUUGUUUGUGAGAACCCUACAGCUCCUAUUAGGAUCAUAAAGCGCAGGGCUCCACCCUGCCUCAAUGCGUUCUGUCGAUUGGGCUGUGUAUGUGCCAGCCUGGCACAGGACCGUCGUAUUACCCACUGUGGAAAGAUUGAGUGCAUCUUUGGCUGCAGCUGCUUCAGGCAGAAGGUGGUCGUCCUCAAGAACUUAAAAGGACCAGAUUCCAAUGCGUCAGAGGGCCUGUCCAAGAAGCGGGGGAGAAAGUGGAUGAGGAUGGCAUAUACUCUCAGGGAGGCUGAGACGGUAUCAGAACCUGCUCCGCGUGUGAGAAUGUUGUGGAAGCAGAUGGAUGGAGAGACGGACCUGGAGCCCCUCCGCGCCCCAAAACCGGUCUACCUACCACAUCUUCCACUACAGGAAGAACCUUCAGUGGUGAGCGAGGAAGGAGGGACCAUGACAUGUGCCAGAGUGCGUGCGUUUCAAAGCAAGAGCACAAACCGACCUGAGGUCAUUGACGACCACUGCAAACCAAUAGACUCUGCACCAGUGAACCCUUCCAGUAUGUCAGAUAAGUCGUUGUCCUGCCAUGGUCCCAAGUACACGGAGCCCUCCAAGCGUCUGGAGAUCUUGUCUAAGUGUAAGUGGAGGAGCCUGGCGGACAGGAACCUGGUGCUGAGAAUUGUGUGUGAGCACAUGGCCAAGGACCACCUCAACAACCCCUUCUGGGUCAAAGGUUACCUCAUAAAACCCGUGUCUCAGACCCUGAGAAAUGAUGGCGAAAGCUGCUCCGUCCACUACAAAGUACUCGUCUCUCAGGUCCCGAAACCAGACGAAGUGGAGGAGGAGAAUGGUGAGGAGGAAGAGGUAUGGAUGGGAGAGGAAGAUGAAGAAGAACUAAUGGAAGAGCAGAGAGAGGAGGAUAAAAAAUUGGAGGAAGUACCUGUCGUGGAGGAAGUACCUGUCGUGGAGGAGGUACCUGUCGUGGAGGAGGUACCUGUCGUGGAGGAGGUACCUGUCGUGGAGGAGGUACCUGUCGUGGAGGAGGUACCUGUCGUGGAGGAGGUACCUGUCGUGGAGGAGGUACCUGUCGUGGAGGAGGUACCUGUCGUGGAGGAAGUGGACAACAAGGCUGUGGGGCGUAGAAAGGAUCUGAAAUGGCAGGGCCUGCCUUUCUUAACAGGAAUUUCUCCUUCUGGCCUCCUUACUGGCAACCUUAAGCUGCUAGAAAUCUCAGACCAGGAACUUAUCACGGUGAAUGGCAGGUCCUACCCCCAUGCCAAGAUACAACUGGGCAUGAUGGGAGCCAUGCACCCAGCCAACCUUCUUGCUGCUUACCUCACGGGCAAGUUACGAAGGCCUGCCUGUCUAAAGCGGUCUAUGGCGGCCUCCUCCUCCGUCCCAUCACAAAAACACCCCUCAGAAACUCCUAAAGGUGCCACAGAUACAAAGUCCUCUACAGGACAACCAGCCCAACUGGCAGCCACUUCUACCACCAUGGUUACCACAAGUGUUCCCUCUACCACUCCAGUUGCUGCUGGCCCCAAGUUAAUUGUGGUAGUGAACCCAGGUGCCAGUCUCUCUCAGGGGGCUCAGAUGGCGCAGAACACCGUGACUGCUGCUGUGCGGAUUCAGAUUGCCACCGUGGUCUACCCAACCAAAACACCUAAUGGGAGGGGUGGCGCCGCAGCCCUGUUAUCUGCAGUGUCUGUUAGCUCCAAGGCCCCCUCAGCACCAAGACAUUCCACAGACCCCCCUCUCGCGCCGGGUCAGAGAAUGGUGCUGCAGCCGGUAAGGAACACCUCAGGGAACACCCUAUACCGGAACCCCAACGGACAGCUGUUCCAGCUGGUUGCCCUCAGCCAGCUGCAGGCCCUUAACCCCAACCUUGUCAUGCACAACAAGGGUGGGAUGAUCAGUUUAACCAUGCCUGCGUGCUUGACCACCACGAACAGCUCCACCUCCUCUCUCACCACAUGGCAGAGCAAGGGCCCUGGUAGCUGUGCUUCCACCGUCAGUACUGUCCCCCUUGUCACUUUCCCAAAGACCCAAACUGCAUCCAGCACCACUAUCACCGCCCCUAAAACCACCCCAUGUUACGUUAGUCUCUCACCCACCGUGACAAAUGGCGGGACAUACACCUUGGAGAUUGUUCCUCAGACAGGCAACAAGGAGCCCAUCAUCAUCAAGUGUCUGACGGUGCCAGCUCAGGGCUCCUCCAAGGUGAUGCCUGUAGUAGGGGGUGUUACUGUGCUGCAGCCUCACCCGGAAACCACAGUAAUUACUGUCAAAUCCCCAACAAAGAUGGUUACGAACACAGGUGUCAAAGCUGACAAUAUCUCCACAGUGACCUCCAAUGUAGACUCUAAUGUAGUCUCUGAGGUGUAUAGUUGGAUGCGGCCUUGCCAGAAAACCAAAACGCCUCCUAAAUCCACAAAACCCCCUAAAGGACCCCAGUUUAAAUUUAUAAAAGCUGAUGCUAUCUCCCCAGCGGACUGCAAUUUAGACCCUAAUAUCCAGCCUGAGGUGUUUAGAGGGCUGCAGCCUCCCCCGAAACCCCUCAACCCCCCUAUAACCCAGGUCACAAAGACAGGGAUCAAAGAUAACACCAUCUCCACAGCAGACUCCAAUCUCCUUACUAAGAUGGUUCAUGUUGAUGACCCCUACCAGACAUGGACAGGAAGACCGAAGAGGAAGGAGGUGGAGGACCUGGUGGAGGAUGAGUACGAUUUGGAUGAGAAGAUGGACAACUCAUCUGACGAGACAGAUUCUGACGAUUCAAGUGUUAAUAAAGAGGAGCUCAUCGACGUCAUCAGUAAGCAGCUGAAGCACAACGUGGAGGAGAGGCAUCGCCGUUUUGAGCUCCAUGGGUGCUUCCAGCGGCUGAGAGAGACACUGAAACUUGCCCAAAAAGCUGCGAAAGUGUAUAUCCUUAAAGAAGCAACAGAGGAGAUCCAAAUCCUGACUAAGAAAAGUACCGACGUGGAGAAGCUAAGGAGUUCACUGACCCUGGAGAGAGCAGCUUAUGUCAAGAAGAUGUCCCAGUUAACUGGUAAUAAUGGACACAGCUGUAACAUUUCAACAUUCAACCAACAUUCAACCAACAUCUUUCCCUCCACAGGAGAGUCUGAGAAGCAGAUCCUGAGGAACAUCCAGUAUGUUUGUUCCCAGCAGAAGAGUGAGGAGCUACUCGUCAACAGGAAUAUGCAAGGAGUUCCCAAAGUCUCCUCUGCUGUCUCGUCAUCUUCAGCUGUCUUGACCUGCAGUGAGGCCAGGUCGAGACCAAGACCAAGGCACAUGGGAGGAGUGACAGCAGAAAAGGAGGACAGGGAGGAGGUGAUGGAGGUGGUAGACCUUCUGGAGGACACGGAGGAGGACAGGGAAGCGGUGAUGGAGGUGGUGGACCUUCUGGAGGACACGGAGGAGGAGAAAACGGACAACUCCUCGGAUGAGACAGAGGAUUCUGCCAAUGAUGACGACAACAAUGUUGAAGGGGACGUCAUUAACAUCAGUGAUGUUGAAGAAAGUGCGGUAGAGGAGGAGGCUGUAGACAUUGAGAGUGUGGAAGACAAUGCACAGAUGAGCACCACUUCACAACUGAAGGCAAAAUAUGCUAAAGAAGUGGAAGGAGAAAUAGGACCCAAAUUAAGAGACCAAAAACAAGUCUUUGACCUGAGAGACAAAUGCAAGCGCCUUGAAAAACUGAAGAGCGGGCUGACCAGGGAGAGAGCUGGUGAUAUUAAGAAAAUCUCAAAGAAAUCUGGAAAGACAGAGGAGCUCAUCAUCAGGAAACCGCAGGACAUCUCGACCAAACAGAAGGACAUGGACAUGGUGUUCAAAAGGAAGUGGAGAGGGCCGUCCUCAAAAGCGUCCUCAUCAUCGGUCUCACCCAAUAAAACAAUUUCACUCAGGAGCACUCGACAGCCUGAGCCAAAGUCCCUGGCACCCGGCCUCAAGUUAAAGGUCGUAGCCACCCCAGUCCCCCACUCUAUCCCCCAAAAGCCUGCACCCCAACGACCCAAGACAAGGCCCAUCAUCACACCACCUUCCAGUAAACACCCCUCAAUGUGGCGUUCGCCGGGUGAAAGGACCAGACCGAACAUCCUGUCUCGCAGAAAAAUACAGACUGCCCCAGAUUCCCCACCAGUUCAUGCUGGGUUUCUCCCUCAAAUGCUGUCUAUAGUGGGUGGAGUGAUCACAUCUCAGCAGGUGAUCGCCAUGCAGUCUGCCCGUUCUAUGCUGCCGGUAGGACGCGUCACUGGAAUCGAAAUGCAACAGUCUCAAACACCAGGUGUCGCUUCGGUCACCAUCAUUAUCCCCUCAAUGUCCAAACCUGACGUCUCUCCUCAACGAGAUCUUCAUCCUCAACCAGCAGAUUACCACAGAUAACAACAGCAGCCCCUGAGGUCC